AUGCAUAAAAAGAAAGAAAGCAAGGAUUCAAAAAAAAAUAAAACUGGAAAUAAUAAUAAAAAGAAAUUGGUAAAAUUUAGAAGAAUUAAGAAAGUUAAAUUUAAGGAUGAACACAGAGUACUCCUACAAAAUAACACCGGAGAUGAAGAUGUAAAAAUAGUUAAAAAAAAAAAAUUAAACACAUUCUAUAAAAAAAAAGAAUAUGCAAAGAAAUUGGAAAAUCAGAAAAAGGAGUUUCAUAGAUUACGAAAACAAGUGAAAAGUCAAAAUUUUGAUGAGCAAGGACAAUGCAUUUUUGCAAUAAGAAAUAAAGUUGAAUGUAUUUACGCAGCCCCGAAUCAAAUUCUCCAGGAGUUAAGAUUAAACAAAAAAUUUAAUGGUGUGUUAUUACUUAAUAAUAAACAGAAUAUGCAAAACUUGUUUCUUGUAAAGUCUUAUGUAUGUUAUGGGUACAUAAAAAAAUAUAACUUUUAUAAUUUAAUGGAAAAAAGACUUUUCUUAAAAGAUGGAGAUGAAAUAAAAAGAUGUGAUUCAAAUAAAACUAUUGAAAAAUUAUUUCGAAAAGAAGGAAUUUAUUCAUUUCCGUCCUUUUGUGAAUACAUUUUUGAAUGUAAAGAGAAUGUAGAUAUUAUUUUGAAGAAUCAUGUUAUUCCUUUUGAUUUUUCCUUCUUAAAUUCUGAAAUUACAUUUGAUUUUUUGCAAUUUAAAAGUGAGUUUGCAGGUUUUAUGAAAGACGAAAUUAACGAAAUACUGGAAAAAAUAAUUUGA